AUGGAGUGGCGGCUGGAGGCCCUCGCUCACGCGCUGGACCAGAGCGGCGCCACCUGGGCCUCCAUUAUUUCCUAUGCCGCCGAGCUGCAGCUGCGCGCGCGCUACCCGCUGGCCCGCGUCAUCUUGGCCGGGGGCGCUAACGUGCACCUCGCGUACGUCGUCGCUCACGACCAGUCGUGCGCGUGUCUCCAUUGCCGCCAGCGGGCAGCCGACCGCGCCAUUGAGGCCGCCCUAGAGGCAGCGGGGCUGCGCGCCUUCGAUUCAGUUGCUCCUACGCGAGGGUGCAUCCUGAUUUCGUUGAGGUUGGUCCUGGCGGAUGUGCCAUUUGCGAUUGCUGCGCCAUUGUGCCUCGGGUUUGGUCGGGUUUUCUGGGCUUCGAGUUCGGAGUGGGAGGGGGAGCUGCUCGAAGUCUCGAGCCUGCUAGACCACGUGGCCUCCCUGGUCGAGGGCGCCGCGGACGCCCCGCGGUUCCUGUCGGGCUAUUUUCACGGAGCCUCGCGUUUCUCCGUGCAGCUGGUGGACACCUCGACGGCUGUCAGCUUGACCCCUAUCGAAAUGGUCGACGCCGUCGUGGGCGAUCUGGUAGGCCUGUUGCAGCGAUUCGCCGCCGCCGGCUCCGUUCCCGGCUCCGCCGAGCGCGUGCACCCUGGACGAGCGCGGCAGUGCUGGCUGAAGUUCCUGCAGGACGCGAUCGCCGAGCACAUCGCGAUCAUGAAGCAGGCGUCGGCCUUUCACCGCCGGCGCGCGUUCUUGACAGAGAGGUUUGGCAGAAGGUUUGUCGCCACCCGACGAGCGCAAGAGGCGGCCAAGGGUCAGGCGCCGCGCGACGAGGACCAGCUGCCGCAGCAACGCCCCGACCAGAGCAACUUGUCUCUGCACCCUGGGCGGCCGCGUUACGGUCAGGCCCCGCGCCGACCGCACAAGAAAACCGAGGCUGACAAGGAGAUGGCGCGGGCGGGGCUACUCGGGGAGCACGCCUGCUUUGGCCCGGCGCCCACCGCCGCAGAGCAACGGCAGCCUGGCCGCUUCGCCGGAUGGCCUCCCCUGGCGGGCCCACUACGAGAACGAACCAACUCACGCGUGUACGUGCCCUUGCUAUUAGCAGCGGCGGGGCUGCUUGACCAGCAGGAGGCGGCGGGAUGGAGCACGCACCCGCUCACGCACGACUGGUGGCAGCCGACAGUGGAGGCCUUGCAGCAAGCGGACCCCGUGCCAGCCGAGACCUUCGCCCAAGGGCUGGAGUUCGCAGGGGCCAGCCCAGGGGCGAUAUAUGCCGUGAUCGCCGCUGGGGGCGGAGCACGCCCUGGACACGUGCACCUGCCGCCUGUGGUCAGAGCGCUGGCGGACAGCGCUGGCUACAUCGACAACCUCGCCCAGGACCUCUUGCUCGAGCUCUUCGGGGGGGUCGUGCUGGCGCGGGGGGUCGACCGGCGCGCAGACGAGCUCCGCGACCCGGCCAGGCUGGAGACUGGGCGCAGCUUCUGGCAGAAGCACAGCCGGGCCCGCCGCGCAGGCCGCCCGAGCGAGACGCGAACGGGCAGAGCUCGCGAGGCACGACGGGGCCGGGCGCCAGACGAAAACGAGGAGCUCCGCAGCCGCCGCGAGAGGGCCCGCGAGCUGAUCCGCCUCGGCGAGGUCUCGGCGGCGCGGCAAGCGCUGACAGCGAGCGCGGUGGCACCAGGCACACAGGCCACUCUGGACGAACUCCGGGACCCGGCACGCCGCCUGCAGCAGCCGAGAGAGCAGCUCAGCGAGCGAGCCGCCCGCGCGCCGCCGCAAGGCCUCGCCAGCCUGGAACCAGACCGCCUCCUCACGAACGUGCGCAGGAGUCGCCGGGGCGCUGCGCCGGGCCCCUCAGGGAUGACGGGAGAACACUUGCAGACGCUGCUGGACGACGAGCACUGCUGCGACCUCCUGCACCACGCUGCCACGCUCCUUGCGAGGGCGGAAAUCCCUGGCCCCGUGGCAGAGGCCCUCCGGCUCGGCCGCCUCACGGCGCUGCGCAAGAGCAACGGGAGGGUGCGAGGCAUUGUGACUGGCGACGUCUUCAGGAUACCACACGUCGGGGACCUGCAAUCCUCGUGGCUCCUGCUCAGCAUGUGCGCCAACCCCCGGGCCAACUUCUUCCUGAGGGCGCUGGCUCCCGAGGACACGGCCGCCUUCGCCGCAGCGCACGACGACAACCUGGCCAACGCGCUCGCCGACUUGCUGGAACUCCCGCAAGAAGCUGUCGCAGAAGGCACGUCAGCGCGCCAACGCUGCCAACUGCCGCUUUGCAUGGGGGGGCUCGGCCUGCGAAGCGCGUCCAGGACGGCGCCGGCGGCCUGGUGGGCUUCCUGGGCAGACUGCGCGCAGAUGCUCCGCGAACGCUGCCCCGAGCUCACAAACCAGAUCUGCGCUGCACUGAGCGAGCUGGACCGGGGCCCGCUGCCGGCCGCUCCCGGGUGCUUACAACAAGCCAGCAGGGCAAAGGAGCACCUCUCGGCGCACGGCUUCGCCGCGCCCAACUGGCACGACCUUGCGCAGGGCGCCCGGCCACCGCCGACGCACGAACGGGAGCACGGCGAAUGGGCGCACGGCUGGCAGUUCUGGGCCGCCAGAGUCUUGGAGAACACAGCCCGACAGCAGCUCCUCAACGCCUCCACGCCACCGGACCGCGCCCUCCUCCGGUCACAGAGCGGGCCGUGCGCGGGACGAGCCUUCACCGCGCUGCCCACGACGGGGGACUUCCACAUCCCGCCGGCAGAAUUCAGAGUCCUGCUCCUCAGGCGCUUGCGAUUUGAUUUACCCUUCGCAGCGAGCGCUUGCAGAUGCAGAGGCAGACUGGACGCCAGAGGUGACCACAGAGCGGCGUGCCCAAGGGCAGGGGUGCUCAAGAAGAGAUCCAUCCCAUUGGAGAAAGCGGCUGCACGUAUCUGCCGCGAGGCCGGGGGCCGAGUCGCAGAGAACCAGCUCCUGCGAGACCUCAACGUGGACGGCGUCGACCCCCGCGACGGGCGCAAGAUCGAGGUCAUCGCGAACGGCCUGCCGCUCUGGGGAGGAGCGCAGCUGGCGAUUGACGCGACCCUGGUGUCGCCAGUCCGCACCGACGGCACCGCGCAGCCCAGAGCCGCGGACGAGGACGGAGUCCAGCUCGCGGUCGCGCGGGGCCGGAAGGAAGCGACCUACCCCGAGCUCAUCGGGUCAAGGAGAUGCCGAUUGGUUGUGCUGGGCUUGGAAGUCGGCGGCAGGUGGUCCGAGGAGGCCCUGACCUUCGUCCGGCUGCUCGCCAGGACCAGAGCCCGCAGCGCGCCGCAGCGACUCCGAGCGUCGGCGCGGGCGGCGUACCUACACCGCUGGACAGGCUUGGCUGCGGUCGCGGCCCAGAGGGCGUUCGCGGCCACGCUGCUGGAGUUGCCGCCGCACGCCCUGGCCGUCGACGGGGACGAGCCGCACCUCGCCGACCUCCUGGCGGACGCCCGCUACACGGAGACGCCG